AGGUAAUAAUAUGAGUAAAGAAGAAUAACAGGAACAAUGAACUGGGUUGGUGGUUCAAGGAACAGGAUCAAGCUGAAUGAAGAAGAAAAAAAGAAAAAGGAGUUUUUUGAGCGUCAAAGACAUCGUGGUAAAGAGGCAUUAGCAAGCUCAAGUAAAUCAACAGUGAGUCAAGAUGUUAUCGGGAUGAAAACAGUAGAUAAAGCCAACAGGAAUCCGUGGCAACUCACCACCAAAGGAGAUCGCUCUCAAAAAGCAAAGUUACCUGAUAAUGGCAGUUUAAAGAGCAACACUUCAAGAUUACAUCAUGUAGACAUGUCUCCUACUCUUGGAAAGUCAGGCCUAGAUAGACGUCCACAAGAAAUACUCCAAAGAGCUUUACGGGGUCCAAGCGCAGUACCUGCCUGGUGCACCUCAAUCAAAACAUCCCCCGACUCUCAACAAGACUCAACGAGUCCCAAAAGAUCUGCUCAGAAUGCGGCCGGUAUUUUUGACACAAACAGAAACAUACCAUACAGUAAACUAGCUAACACGCCAUCCUCCUAUCGAGUUAAAAGACAAUCAAAUGACUGUGACCAACCUUCAAGUUUUUUUGAUGAGCUGCCCGAAUUCAAAAAGCUUAAGAGUAGUCAGCAUUGUGACUCGAAUGCUUCUUCGUCAAAGUUUGGAAACAUUGCAACACCAGGGUAUGUAAAUGGUCAGAUAUUCAAGCGGGGUGAUGAUACCAUUGAAUUUGAUGACGGAAAAUCUGGCGACACAGGAGAUGAAAUGUACAGUUCCCUUUCCUCCUCAGCCCCAAAGACUCUUUCAAUUCAUAAAAAUCAAACCAGCUCCCCAAAGAAUAUAAACAGCUUACCAAAACCAGUUUUUUCAAAUUCGACAAACCGAGGACCAAGAAAAGAACGUCAUAUUUGGAGUUCUGAAAGUACUGCGGACGAAAAUCUAAGCUCACUUUUGGCUGCACCACAAUCAGACGCCAACCUUAACAAGAGUGUUUGUGGAGAAGCAUCAAAAAUUACACGCUCUCAGAGGCAUACUUCAAAACCUAGCAAUGCAGAUAAUAUGUCCUUACCCUCCUAUGGAAUAUUUGACGAAACAAGAAACACGUUUCCCUCUGGUUUUCGUUUUACCAACUACUCGACACCUGCACAUCCUGAUGCAUUGCAAGACUCCUCAUUUCUUGCAUCACAGAGGGUGUCGCAGGGCAUGAUGGACAAACGCUUCCGCAACUCUUGGUUAUCCAUGAAGGACACCCCUCUGGUGUCGAAACCAAAACUUGGUGAUCCAAAGAGGGGACAUAUGUUUUAUGAAAUGGAUGAGACUCGUGAUUUGUUUUCUGGGGAGAUUUCCAUAAAUAAGAUUGAUACGAGUCUAUCACCAAAUAUUGAAUCUGCGUCAAAGCGAUCUAUUGUAAACGAAACCGUUCUGCUAGACAAAACCUUUUCAUGUGGUCAGAAGAUUCCUUCCUCUAUUAACUUCUAUCAAGAAGAUUUAAUCGAAACAAACAUUCAAUCUGGAUUAGAUUAUUCUGUCAAACUAGAAGAUAUUCACGAUUGCUCGGUUCCUAAUUUAUUGCCAGUUAAAAGACCAAACGAUGAGAAACCUUUCAAUACGGAAACUAGAGAAACUUCCAUCCAGACAGAACGAACAAAGGAUGGUCUCGUUGGUACUCAAACUUUCAAAUCUAUAUGUUAUUCACUUGUAGAUCAUCCAUACUCCAAAGCAACAGUUCAUUUAAAAAUUGUACUAUCUGCUAUAAGAAAUCUAGUGUCAUUGGACAUUGAACCAGCGAAAUUUGAGGUUGAAACUCAAACUGUUGAUGUUUCGAUUUCGGACAAGUCACCUGGUGAAAAAUCAAGCACGCAGCACUCCGAGUCUCCUUCACAAAAGGACCACGAUAUGGACGAAAUAGUUCACUUCGGAGAGACAGACUUUAGCUCUGAGUUAGAAGUAGUAGAUAGUACACCUACAGCCUGUUCGCCUUCUUACAGUGACAGCAUAACUGCUGACGAUUGUGUCGAACAACAUGAUGUGGAAGAAUUAAUGAGCAAUGUUGAUCAAAUUGUGUUUUCCACAACAGAUUUUGAAGAUUGUGUCACCGAUAUUUUGUCCCAAGAACCUGUUCGUGUCCCCUCUGAAAACGAAAAUGAUGAUCUUGGUGAAAAUGAAAACUUAAUCUUGACUGAAAUGUCUGGUAAAUAUGUUGAUAAACUGAAAUGUGAGAAAUCUAGUCAAGAUUCUUUAAAUACGCCUUUGGAAGCCUCGACAGCAGUGGGGAAAACUUCACCAAACCCUCCUUCUCCGAAAAUUAAACCGAGACCAAUAAUGUGGCCUGAUGAGGAGAUGUUUUUCGUUAAGCUUCCUGAUAUAAUACAUCAACCAUCUAAUCAUGAAUCAGAUAGGAUUGACCAGUCUCUUGGCAGCCAUUUGAAGUUAGGCAAUGAUAAGGAGAAUGUGUUCACCAAAUCCGUUGAACCAGAAAACAUUGUCUUGAAAAUAACGAACUCGAAACCUGUGAAAAGAUCAUCUCCAAAAAGAAAGUUUGUCCCGUUUUUUACUUCUCAGACUGUAAAGAAAUCCGUACCAAAAGGUACAGAGGAGGACCCUAUCAAGCUAAGUCCAGAAAUAAAAUUCGUUGGAUCUGAUAAACCGAAUGUUUCGAAGAAAUCACCCUUUAUGAUUGUCGGUAAAAAGUCAACCUCUAAGGCAAAAAGCACAGAUGGAAGCACUUCCUGCACUGAGAUUAUUCAGCUCGAUGGAAAUAUUUCAGUUGCUUCAGAAUUGAGCAUGGAUGAAAAUCGACAAGAGUUGAGUGAACUAAAUAAGAAGUGCUUUUCUUCUGAAAGUGCUGAACCAUUCAUGAUAUCAGAGUCGACACCCAAUAUUAUUAUGUCUACGGUUCAAGAAAAAAUUGAAUAUUGUAAAUCGCUCCCAAAACAUGAUAUCAACGGACAUUCUGAACCCGGACUGCCCUCAAAUGACAACCAAAGUUCGAAUAACAUUCAACCUAAGAGAACUCAAUCCAUUUAUUACUCGCAACAACUGCUGUCUACUAAUCAGAGGCCUAUCGUGAUGUUCUCGUCACAACCAAUUAGCAAACUUGCUGAAAUCUACGCUUCAAAAUAAGCUUUUCUUAGUAUCUGAUGAAUAAUGAAUUAUUGUACCUCCACGACCCACGUGCCUGUUAGAUAUACUAUGUUAAACGUGACUCAGGUGUGUUAACCGUAAAGUUAAGAUUUAUUUUAUGGUGAUUUUCAUCUUACAAUAAUUGUUAUGGUUUUUGAGUGGUUCAGAAUUGAGAUGGCAUGCAAAUCGCAUCACUGUUAUUUAAAUUAUUGUAUGUCAGUCACUGAG